AUGUCAGCAACAUUCGGCGAUUUCAACAAUGAUGGAAAACUUGAUCUAGCUGAAAUUAAUCAAGGAGACAAUACUAUUUAUGUAUUGUUUGGAACCGAUAGCGGCAUCUUUUCGACUGAAAAAACGUAUAUGACUGGUGUCUAUCCACGCUCUAUGACAUCCGGUGAUUUCAACGAUGAUAACUUAUUAGAUUUGGCCAUAGCUAAUUUCAAUGAAAACACAAUUAGUUUGCUGCUUGGUAAUCGGAAUGGAGGCUUUGAACCUGAAAGAAAACAUGCAAUUAUAGGACAACCAAUUUCUAUCACAUCAAGUGAUUUCAACCAUGAUAAUGAGUUAGAUUUAGCCGUCGCUGUUUACGGUGAUAACAUCAUCAGCGUGCUUCUUGGCAAUGGCGAUGGAACAUUUGGAAUAACAACGAACUAUAUGACAGGAAGAUCUCCAUUUUUUAUCAUAUCGGAUGAUUUCAACAACGAUAAAAAUAUGGAUUUGGCAGUUGUCAAUGUUGAUGAGGGCAGUAUCAGCGUAUUGCUCGGCAAUGGUAAUGGAAGUUUUCAGACCCCAUUGAAAUCUGACACUGGUAACUUUCCAUAUUCGAUUAUAUCAGGCGAUUUUAAUCACGACCAAAAACAAGAUCUAGCAGUAGCUAAUCAAUUUGACAGUAACGUUGGUGUGCUACUCGGCAAUGGGAAUGGAACAUUUCAAAAACAAGUCACCUAUGAUACCGGAGAGUAUCCAAGAUCUAUUAUAUCAGGUGAUUUCAACAAUGAUAAGAAUCUAGAUUUGGUACUUACGAAUCAAAUGGAUAACAGCGUAAGUGUACUACUUGGUUAUGACAAUGGAACUUUUCAAAAUCAAUUGACAUUUAGUACUGGUAAGUCUCCAUUUGUCCUAACGUCGGAUGAUUUUAACAAUGAUAAAAACUUGGAUUUGGCAGUGACCAAUGCCAAUGAGAACACAGUCAGUAUACUGCUUGGUAGUGGGGAUGGAACUUUUCAAACUCAAAUGAAGUAUGCCACUGAUUUGGCACCACAGUCAAUUCUAUCGAAUCAUUUCAACAAUGAUAAAAAUCCAGAUUUAAUAGUGAUGAACGCUGAUGCCAAUAAUAUUAAUCUGAUAUUGGGCACAGAGAAUGGAAUUUUUCAAGCUAAAACUACGUAUUCAGUUGGUAGAAAUCCUCGAGUUGUAAUAUCAGGUGAUUUUAAUAAUGAUAAGCAACUAGAUCUAGUAGUUAUCAACUCCAAAGAUAACAAUAUCGGCGUGUUGAUAGCCAAAGGAAAUGGAUUCUUUCAGUUUCAAAUGACGUAUGACACUGGCAACUCACCAAUAUCUAUCACAUCGGGUGACUUUAACAGUGAUACAAAUCUGGAUUUGAUUGUGGUGAAUAAUAUUGAUAAUAGCUUCAACAUACUGUUUGGCAAUGGAAACGGAACUUUUCGAACCCUAAUGACAUAUCGCACUGGCAAUGCACCGAGCUGUGUAACAUCAGGUGAUUUGAAUAAUGAUAAAAAACUGGAUCUAGUCGUGACGAACUACAAUGACAAUAACAUUAUGGUAAUGCUUGGUAAUGGAGAUGGAACCUUUCUAAAUCCUGUGGUGUAUGAAACUGGAAAUCAUCCAAGUUAUGUGAUAUUAACCGAUUUAAAUAAGGAUGAAAUGAAAGAUCUAGUAGUGACAAACCAGGGUUCCAGCACUAUAAUGGUAUUUCUGGGUAAUGAGAAUGGAACAUUUCUCACUUGUAUGAGAUAUGUCGUUGGCAAGCAACCGAUUUCAGUCGUAUCGGAUGAUUUCAACUAUGAUAGCUAUAUUGAUUUAGCAGUAUUAAAUCAUGGCUCCAACAAUAUUGGUAUACUUUUUGGCAAAGGCAAUACAAUGUUUCUACCUCAGAUAACUGUAGAAGCCGGUUGCAUUCCUAUCUCUAUAUCAGCGGUUGAUUUGAACCACGAUGGAAAAAUAGAUCUUGCAGUGACGAAUAGCGGUUCUAACCAAAUUACUCUCUUUCAAAAUGCGUGCCUUUAA